AUGGAAAUAGAUCCUAAUACAACAUUUGUUAAUAAUAUAUCAUUAAAUCAACGCAUUGACCCAUCACGCUGUGUAGAUUUAAUUGUACUGGGAAUAAAUUAUCGUUCGAAUGAAGAAGAUGUGAGAAAUUAUUUUCAACAGUUUGGUGAACUUGUCUUUUGCGAAAUAAAACGGGAUGCACAAGGUCAAUCACGUGGUUUUGGUUUUGUUCGUUUUAAAGAUUAUGAGUCACAAUUAAAUGCACUUAAUAAACGUCAUCAUAUUGAUGGACGCACGUGUGACCUAAAAAUUCCUGAUUCUAAGAAUCCUGGUAUGCAUGAACCCGAAUGUGCGCGCAAAGUAUUCGUAGCACGUCUUCCAGAAAUAGUGACUGCUGAUGACCUUAAUCAAUAUUUUAAACAAUUCGGAGAAGUAACUGAUGUUUAUAUCCCUCGACCAUCAAGAAGUUUUGCUUUCGUUACUUUUCUUGAAUCAUCUAUUGUUCCAUCUUUGUACGGUGAUCACUUUAUUAAUGGAUGUAGUGUACAUGUUGGACCAGCUGAACCUAAAGGCAAACCGAGUGACAAUCAAUUCAAACGUUCAAAAGCAGACCGUAAUUUUCAUCAAAUUCGCUCGAUACCACCAACAAAUACCCACCCUUAUCCAUCAUAUUCUCAAUAUGGCGCAGCCAAUAAUAUGAUGCCUAAUAAUGGUAAUAAUGGUGGUGCUUCAGCCUCAAAUAAUCCAGAUCAACAACAACAACAACAACAAUUACUUUUGCAACAAAUGUUAAAUCCAAAUAUGAUGCAAGCUUUUCUACAAGCGUUUCAGCAGCAACAGCAGCAGCAGCAGCAGCAACAACAACAGCAACAUCAACAAACGAACAAAUAUGAUGCCAAUAACUGGGCAACUGGCAUAAAUGAACAAGCAACGAACGCAUAUAGUCAUCAUCAUUAUCCGAAUGGUCCAGCGAGUGGUAAAUUCAAUGAAUUUAAUAAUGAUCCAUGGGGCUCACAACAUCAUACCUAUCGAUAA